AUGGCAGAGAACCAGAGGCCUGCUGACCACACUUCAUUACCUCCCCCUCGACAGGGAUUGCUCACCAAAUCCAGAACUUUCAGUGUCCUCUCUAGCAUUACCAACUCAUUGUCACGGGCCUCCCUUAUUCACCAUGGCAGUACUAGUCGAAAUGAUAGUUCAAGCUCUUCCCAACCAAGGGUCACCCCGCCAGUUAUUGCGAUACCUCGAAAACAACCUCCUGUGGCCACCAGACGUUCCAUGGAGCCCCUCCUGAAUGACAGCCAAAAACCCCCCUGUCAGGAGGCAUCUCCCCCUCUACCAGACAACCCACGAUUCGUCACCACGGCAAUGCCGUCCCAAUACUGGUCGGGUCGUUUUGCGGCCCUUGACGACAAGUUCCACAAUGAAGUGCUGCUUGGCAGGAACCUCAACAUGGUUGUUGAAGCCCAGACGAACCGCUCAGGCAAUGCAGGAACCAGCAGCAGCAACUCCGCAGCCCGUGCUCAGAACAACCCUUCGGCAUCGGCAUAUUCGCUUAUUCGCCCAGUACCACAGUUGGCAGGGUUAGCGAGGUAUAAUCAGGGACUGCCGUCUCGGCAGACUACUUCUCAUGAGCAUUCUUUCCAGGGGCCUGUGAGCCGGAUCCCACAGUCUGCUACGAGCGGAGCCAUUCUCCAGACGAUGCCCUACUCGACCCGUACCCGUGAGCAGCAGCAGCCGCCUGGGUCUGCGGCUAGUACUAGAACGGCGGCGUAUUAUCACAAGCCGCUUUUUUCUCGACCGCCCUCGUAUGAGCAGUCGGUUGAGCUACCUGGAACAGCCACUGCGCCUGUGUCGCCUAUUUUUGAGGGAUCGAGUGAUUCGCUUGACUCGGUGGUGCCGGCUUUACCGUCUACGUUGGGGUUUCCUGGUCCCAAGAGGUCACAUCUAAGUGGUGUACAUGUUCAGGGUUAUGCCUCGAGCUUGAGCAGUGAGGAUGGGAGUGUGGUGACUGUGGAGGGGGAUUAUUAUACGCAGGGUAGGGGAGUGGUUGUUAAUAAUGCGGCGAUGUUGACGGAUGAUGAUGCGAGGUGUAGGAGGGUGUUGGUUCAUUUGGAGGCUAUGUGCGUUACUGAGACGGCGAGGGAGUCGCUUCGGGCGUGGAGGAUUGCGUAUGCGAGGAAGACGGGGAGGGCGGUGUUGCUUCCUUGUGGGGAGACGAUGGAGGGGGCGUGUGGGAGGGGGAGGGCGGAGAAGGAGAGGGAGAGGCAGCAUUUGGUUUAUGGGUUGGGGAAGGGGAGGGAGAUUGUGAAGAGGUUGAGGAGGAGUUUGGGUGGUGUUACGGGGAGUGGUGGUGGUGGUGGUGGGUAUUGUCAUGCUCAUCAUGUGAAUGCGUAUGAUGAGGAGGUACCUAGGAGGAGGGGUGGGAUGAUGAUGGGGAUGAUGUAA